CUGCUUCCGGGUCAGGGGGGAAGGAGCCACCAUGGAGCCUCGCGGGGUGGCUGGGCUGACGGGGCCGCGGGCCGGCGUUUGAGGCGGGAGAGGCCCAGCGCCGCCAGCGCCGCCGGGGACACGCAGGCCGGUCCCGCGGCCGCCGCCAUGUCGGUGCUGGGCGAGUACGAGCGACACUGCGAUUCCCUCAACUCGGACUUUGGGAGCGAGUCCGGGGGUGGCGGAGACUCGGGCCCGGGGCCCAGCGCGGGUCCUGGGCCGCGAGCCGGAGGCGGCGUGGCGGAGCAGGAAGAGCUGCACUACAUCCCCAUCCGCGUCCUGGGCCGCGGCGCCUUCGGGGAGGCCACGCUGUACCGCCGCACCGAGGAUGACUCAUUGGUCGUGUGGAAGGAAGUUGAUUUGACCCGACUGUCUGAGAAGGAACGUCGUGAUGCCUUGAAUGAGAUUGUUAUUCUGGCGCUGCUGCAGCAUGACAACAUUAUUGCCUACUACAAUCACUUCAUGGACAAUACCACGCUGCUGAUUGAGCUGGAGUAUUGUAAUGGUGGGAACCUGUAUGACAAAAUCCUUCGUCAGAAGGACAAGUUGUUUGAGGAAGAGAUGGUGGUUUGGUACCUAUUUCAGAUUGUUUCAGCAGUGAGCUGUAUCCAUAAAGCUGGAAUCCUUCAUAGAGAUAUAAAGACAUUAAAUAUUUUUCUGACCAAAGCAAACCUGAUAAAACUUGGAGAUUAUGGCCUAGCAAAGAAACUUAAUUCUGAGUAUUCCAUGGCUGAGACGCUUGUGGGAACUCCGUAUUACAUGUCUCCAGAGCUCUGCCAAGGAGUUAAAUACAAUUUCAAGUCUGAUAUCUGGGCAGUGGGCUGUGUCAUUUUUGAACUGCUUACGCUAAAGAGAACGUUUGAUGCUACAAAUCCCCUCAACUUGUGUGUGAAGAUUGUACAAGGAAUCCGGGCCAUGGAAGUUGAUUCUAGCCAGUACUCUUUGGAACUGAUCCAAAUGGUCCAUGCGUGCCUCGACCAGGAUCCUGAGCAGAGACCCACUGCAGAUGAACUUCUUGAUCGCCCCCUUCUCAGGAAACGCAGAAGAGAGAUGGAGGAAAAAGUCACACUGCUUAAUGCACCUACAAAGAGACCAAGGUCAAGCACUGUGACUGAAGCACCCAUUGCUGUGGUAACAUCCCGAACCAGUGAAGUCUAUGUUUGGGGUGGUGGGAAAUCCACUCCCCAGAAACUGGAUGUCAUCAAGAGUGGCUGUAGUGCCCGGCAGGUGUGUGCAGGGAAUACCCACUUUGCUGUGGUCACAGUGGAGAAGGAACUAUACACCUGGGUGAAUAUGCAGGGGGGUACUAAACUCCAUGGUCAGCUGGGCCAUGGAGACAAAGCCUCCUACCGACAGCCAAAGCACGUGGAAAAGUUGCAAGGCAAAGCUAUCCGUCAGGUGUCAUGUGGUGAUGAUUUCACUGUCUGUGUAACAGAUGAAGGUCAGCUCUAUGCCUUUGGAUCUGACUAUUAUGGCUGCAUGGGGGUGGACAAGGUUGCUGGCUCUGAAGUAUUAGAACCCAUGCAGCUGGACUUCUUCCUGAACAAUCCAGUGGAGCAGGUCUCCUGUGGAGAUAAUCAUGUGGUAGUUUUGACACGAAACAAAGAAGUCUACUCUUGGGGCUGUGGUGAAUAUGGACGAUUGGGUUUGGAUUCAGAAGAGGAUUAUUAUACACCACAAAAGGUGGAUGUUCCCAAGGCCUUGAUUAUUGUCGCAGUUCAGUGUGGCUGUGAUGGGACAUUUCUGCUGACCCAGUCAGGCAAAGUGCUGGCCUGUGGACUCAAUGAGUUCAACAAACUGGGUCUGAAUCAGUGCAUGUCUGGAAUCAUCAAUCAUGAAGCAUACCACGAAGUUCCCUACACCACUUCCUUUACCUUGGCCAAACAGUUGUCCUUUUAUAAGAUCCGUACAGUUGCCCCAGGCAAGACUCACACUGCUGCUAUUGAUGAGCGAGGCCGGCUGCUGACCUUUGGCUGCAACAAGUGUGGACAGCUGGGCGUUGGAAAUUAUAAGAAGCGUCUAGGAAUCAACCUGUUGGGAGGACCCCUAGGUGGAAAGCAAGUGAUCAGAGUCUCCUGCGGUGAUGAGUUUACCAUUGCUGCCACCGAUGAUAAUCACAUCUUUGCCUGGGGCAAUGGUGGUAAUGGUCGCCUGGCAAUGACCCCCACAGAGAGACCGCACGGCUCUGAUAUCUGCACUUCAUGGCCUCGGCCUAUCUUUGGAUCUCUGCAUCACGUCCCAGACCUGUCUUGCCGAGGCUGGCACACCAUUCUUAUUGUUGAGAAAGUAUUGAAUUCUAAGACCAUCCGUUCCAAUAGCAGCGGCUUAUCCAUCGGAACUGUAGUUCAGAGCUCUAGCCCAGGAGGUGGCAGCGGUGGCGGUAGGGGAGAAGAAGAGGACAGUCAGCAGGAAUCUGAAACUCCUGAUCCAAGUGGAGGCUUCCGAGGAACAAUGGAAGCAGACCGAGGAAUGGAAGGUUUAGUCAGUCCCACGGAGGCCAUGAGGAUCAGUAGUGGGGCAAGCAGCUCCUGUCCUGGCUGGCUUCGAAAGGAGCUGGAAAACGCAGAAUUCAUCCCUAUGCCUGACAGCCCAUCCCCGCUAAGUGCAGCUUUUUCAGAAUCUGAGAAAGAUACUCUGCCCUAUGAAGAGCUACAAGGACUCAAGGUGGCUUCUGAAGCUCCUUUGGAACACAAGCCCCCAGCGGGAGCCUGGCCACCUCGGCUGAGUCCUGCAGGAACAUGCGCUGGGAAGGGAACACCCUUGACUCCUACCUGUGCAUGCAGCACUCUGCAGGUGGAGGUUGAGAGAUUGCAGGGUCUGGUGUUGAAGUGUCUGGCUGAACAACAGAAGUUACAGCAAGAAAACCUUCAGAUUUUUACCCAGCUACAGAAGCUGAACAAGAAAUUAGAAGGAGGGCAGCAGGUGGGGAUGCAUUCCAAAGGAACUCAGACAGCAAAGGAAGAGAUGGAAAUGGAUCCAAAGCCUGACUUAGAUUCAGAUUCCUGGUGCCUCCUGGGAACAGACUCCUGUAGACCCAGCCUCUAGUCUUCUGAGCCUGUAUAGCCUCCAGGAAACUGGGAUCCAAAGACCUUCACAGCACACUUACUGAAUGCAGAGAGCGCUUUCCUGGCUUCGUUCACUUGCAGACAAGGAGUGCAAGGCGGAGGCUCUGAAGCACUUUCCAUGUACACUUGGAGAGUAGCAUUGCCUAUUAGAUAGGAUCUAGGAGUGGUUUUGUGUUGGAGAAUGGAAGGGCCCCAUGGCCCUGGCUUUGUCCUCAGUGACUGCCAUAGCAACAGCAGCUCUGUACCUCAUGUGGUGAUCCCACCUUUGAAGAGGAGACACAAUGCUCACCUUAAUUUUACUGGUAGCAGCUUAUAUCCCACUUAUCAUUUUCACCAUUAAUUGGAAGCUGCCUUGGGAAUUCGACACCAGGCAUUGCACCUCUGGGUGGAGGAGGUUAAAGUGUAACGCUGGAGUGGGCUGGAACCGGGUGUGGCCCAUCCAGGGUCAUCUGGAGAGUAGUGAAGUGUUCUAAGCCCUCUCACGAGCCUUAGUCCAGGAAAGUAUGUCUGGUGGAGUCAAGCUCUGGCUUGUUUUCAGAAAGUUCAAUUACUUUGUGCAGCUAAAUGCUUGCGGAGGAACAGUGGGCUUAGAUUGCUUUUCCUCUGAGGGUUGAGUGAAACUUCUCCAUUGAGGAGUAGAGAAAGAAGGGCAGGUCCCUCGUCACACAGCAGGAGUGUCAGGCUGUGGCCGACGCAGGGUGGGAUUUCCUAGCUUUGGAAGAUUCCUCUGAGAGAUGAGGCAUCUCGUAGAGAAUUGAGUCCGUGAGGCAGUGGAAUGGACUUUAGAGGAAACCAAGAGGGGAGGUCCUCCUUCAGCUGCCUCUACUUGGCAUCUUUGAGAAGGCCUCGAGUGACUGAGUCUUCCUCCCCUGAGAAGGCUUCUUGUGCCUCUGCCUUCGUGGCUCUUAGGGUUCUAAUCUUGACAUCAGCAGCCCAGCCACUCCCUUUCUGUAUGUCUAGUCAGUAUUUUUCCCCUUUUGGUGUUUUAUUAUGAAGCCAUAUCAGUGAAUCUGUAUCAUCUUUCCUACUUGAGUGGCCCAAAGCCAGCCCCCAAACCUGGUAGUCCCUGAAGCCUAAUAGAACAGGAGGAGCCUGCCAAGUGAGAGGAAUUUGGCUGAGAGCUCCCUUCUAAUCCCUGUGUCUUUGUGUGCUUGUAGACAGGAGGAAGCUAGCUUUCCCAAAGAGAGAAAGUGUCCUAGAGACGUUUGAUGGUUUUACUUAAGGAUGUGAGCUUUGUGUUUCCACCUAGCCUUCAGUAUUUUGAGUCACAGGAGCUGCCUUGAUGAGUUUCACAUCCUGCCCACCUAGGAAGAGCUAAAUUAAUUCUUGUUUCAUUUUCCCCAACCAAAAAAUGAAUGUUUGAUAUCUGCUUAAUAUUUUGGAAGGACUUGUGCAAUGGAAAUUUUGCCAUUUCCCUAAAACUGCUUGUGUAAAGGCUGCUGCUCCGGGAAAACCCCACAGCUGGGGAUGGGCAACUCUAUUCAAUGGGAUCUUCUUUGGUUUAAUAUUCCCAUUGUUUUCUCAAUUCUGGGAAGCCUAGUACAAUGGUACUAAUGUAAUCACUGAAGCCUUUUCUUAAAAUAAGGGAAGGGGCCAAACCUGGAUUAAAGUUACAAGUUCUGAGGACUUGGGGGUUUGCAACAAACCCUAACAGUGGGUUUUGGUUCAUCAUGUAAAUGCAACUUUGAUUUUUUUUUUUAAGGACUGACUGGCCUUUCACGUUCCUGUAUCCCUCAUGCUCACCAUCUCAGCAGGCCUGAGAGGCAGGGUCAGUUUGGGUGUUAUUCAUGAAACCGAAGAACAUGGGCACGUUGCUGAGACUGUGGGAUGAAAGUGAGCACUGAAGGGAGGGCGAGAGCCUGGCUCUUGCUCCGGAGGGGGAAUCACUCUGUAGCAAGUGGAACGCCGGGGUCGUUUUCUCUAGCAUGUUCCCUUGGGAAGUCUAGGUUUGCUGUUAAUCUGGCUGAAAAAUCUAAGUUCUGUGCCUUAGAGACAAUUUGUACUUUCCCAAAUUGUGCCUGGGACAGCCAUAUGAUUUUUCCCACCAAAAAGCUAUGCAAACAGAAACCAGUUCAAAGGUGGCAGCCAUGCAUCAGAUAAAAAGUGAAAGGUGAGGCAGCAGAAAUGCCUUUGAAUGGUUUUCUGUAGCUAAUUCUCUUAAAUUGUGUCCUACUCUUCUUUAUGUAGUGCUAGGUGUUUUAAGUUUUCCAGUAGUAUUGCUUUUGAGUUAUAGUAUAAUCUGAGUUACUCCUCUGCUCUGACAUUGUUGCUGAAGAAUUAGCUUAUUGUUAGCCAGAUGUUUGAAAGGUUGAGGGUGGAGUGGUUUGGCAUUUCUGUUUUAAAUAAACAUUUAAACUCUCAGUCAGUGCUGUGCCUCAGUGAGCCUGCGCAUGGACCUUAGUCACUGGGGAUAAAACACACAGACUCUAGGCCUGCGUGAAUCUUUAAUUCAGUGAGUCUUUAUAUAAAUAAAUAAAUGGUUUUGUAACAGAAACAAUGCAAGAGAAAUUUGCACAGAAAUAAUCUUUGCUUCUUUCCAGUUUCUUUUUCUUGCUAAUAGAAACAUUUUUGCUACUACAAUUUUCCCCCCAAACUUCUAAAAUAUAGUGCUUAAAAUGCAGAAGGAGAAAAACAUGAGCCAUUAAAAGAGGAAGGGUCAUGUCUUGUACUUAUGUCCUCAAUCACAGUGGGCUUUUCCAAGUGAUACUGCCAGUUUAUGUUUGUAAAACUGUUUUCCCUUAAAAAGGCUGAACUGCAUUUGGUCUCCCUGGCAUAUAGCACAGCCAAGUUAUAACUUCUCUUGGCUGAACAUUUCACUAAAGUUUAAAGCAAGAGCAGACUUAACUCACAUUUCACUUGAUUUUGCCAUAUAUUUGGAAACAUUCAUAAUAGAACAACUCUGGUGCAAGGAUAUAUUGUAAAUGAAUUAUUUCAAAUGAGCAUCACUGGGCCUCUAAAGUAUUAUUCAGGAUAGUGUCAGGGCAGAGGGGGCUGUAGUCAGGACUACAAAACAUGCUCCUGCCUGCCACAAAACAAAAAAAAUCAUUUAUUGCUUCAGUGAUUAACUAUGGAAAUAAACAUGCUGAUCACUAAACCUCACAGAAUCAUGAACAUUAGGGAAAAAAACACUGUAUCACAUCUCUGCCACCUCCUGUGCAGUUGUGAAAAGUGACAAAUUGAUGACCUAAAGCAAAUGUUGGCCAAAGGUGCUAUACUGCAUUCAAUACACUGCUGUUAAGAAAUAC